AUGCGUUGCGCGCUUCAACUCCAGGGGGAAGUGUGUGCGGAUCUCCGUGUGAUCACCGCGGAUGUGAACCGCCGGGUGUGUAGCCUGGAGUGUACAGGGGAAGAAACCCAGAAAAGUGAAGUGUUGUGUCGCCGGGACCUCCGGGUCGGUCAGGCGUGCGUCACAGAAGUGCCGCUGACUGGUGGUCGGGACAAUAUCGGAUCUGCGCUAGUGAACCGGUCCGGAGGCAGCAGCUUGGAGGCCGCUCCAGUGACCACGGAGACCACCAGCGGUAGCCUCAGUGCUGUCCGUGUAGAUGGGAGUGACUAUGCACACAGCAGCGGAGGCAGUGAUGAGGCGAAUGCUGACGGGGGAACAACACAAUUGCCUGGAUCCCCAAAGUGGUCCACCGUUCUAAAAAGAGGAAAGCCGCACCCUGGUGGAAAAACGGGAACCCGACAUACCUCUGUACCUGGACUGCGGAAGCCAGGAACAGCUUGA